AUGGAUUGGGUUCCAAACUCUGAUCCCUUCAUUCAUCCUAACCCGGUGAGCAGAUUUGUCUGCCAAGAUGACGAUCCUAACUCGCCCAAGUCGCCUGAGCCAGACCCCAGAUCACCGCACUGUCAAGCUCUCCAGAGUCAUGAUGCAGUGGGAACUGCCGUGACUGUCGCAAAACUCAAAUACGCCCCUUUGACGGCAAAAACAGAUUUGCACAAUUGGAUCUCGUCUGCAGAUUUCACUACCGGUUCUGAGCAGACGCCACUGCGUAAUGGGUUCUGCAUCCUGUUCAUACCACGUGCUACAGCCGUCCAGUUGACGACCGGGGAAGAUGCCUCUGGAUUCACGGACCUGCCCAUCACGCUGGCGUGCUGGGAAAAGGUCGCCGAAGCAUUCUACCUCCCCGGACACUUCUACAAAGCGGUGUCCAGGCGGCUCCUGUCCGUCAUAUCGGUCCAGAGGACUUGUGAUAUUUCCAGUCGAGAGGAGACAAUGUGGAUGCAAACCGCUGCGACUAACCCUGGGGAUGGACGCAAGUACGGCUUUGCAUUAGCGGCAACACACAUCGAGAGUCGAGGUUUCACGUACGCCGUCAUGGUCGGCUGCUCCGAUGAGCAGAUCAAACAAGUUACGAAAUUGGUGAAGGGGUGGGAAGAGGGCGCCAAGCACCCUCUCAUGAUGCUCGGCGUGUGUGCCGAGCUGCACUUGCAACGCGUGGAGGCAAUGGUCAGGGAGCGAUCCGCCGAGUACGAGAAGCUCAAGAAAAAGCUCGACAACAGCAGAGGCACCAACCAGUUCAACUGGAAUAUGAUCGACAGAGUGACGAACUUGUUCGAUGAGCGGUUCCAGGACAUCCUGUCGCGGCUCGACGGGCUGGCCGCCGAGUGCCGAAUCGGCGUCGAGGGCAUCUCCUUCUCGACAGACGUCAUCCGCAGCGAGCUGGCGCGCCAGGACACAGCCUACGGCACCGCCUUUGCCCUCAUGGCCGCCGUCUAUCUCCCGACGACGGCCGUGGCAACCAUCUUCGCUAUGCCCAUCUUCGGGUGGAGCAAUGACUGGCGGGACUGGCGCUAUCACCCUCUAACGAAGAGUAACAGUGGCGGCAGCGGCGACUCGGGUGCGGCAGAAGAGCCAGAAGCCGUCCAGGACGUCCUCAAGAAUCAUGCCAAAACAAAGCCGUCAUUAGUCGCCCCCGAGCCAGAACACUGCCCCGGCCCCGAGUCCGACACAGCAGGCACCGCAGACUCAUGCGCCGGCUGCCCCAACCAGAAGAUAUGCGCCUCCGCGCCCAAGGGGCCUGACCCCGACAUACCCGUGAUAUCACAACGCCUGGCCGGGGUGAAGCAUCGGGUGCUGGUCCUGAGCGGCAAAGGAGGGGUUGGCAAAUCGACAUUCACAACUUUACUCGCGCACGCGUUCGCCCUGAACCCCGACAGCACCAUCGGCAUCAUGGACACGGAUAUCUGCGGGCCGUCCAUACCGAAGAUGAUGGGAGCCGAGAACGAGACAAUACACAUCAGCAACUCGGGCUGGUCGCCCGUGUGGGUCAUGGACAACCUCGGGGUCAUGAGCAUACAGUUCAUGUUGCCAAACAAGGACGAUGCAAUAAUAUGGCGUGGGCCCAAGAAGAACGGUCUGAUCAAGCAGUUCCUGAAAGACGUCGAUUGGGGCGAGCUAGACCUGCUGCUGGUAGACACGCCACCGGGCACGAGCGACGAGCACCUGAGCGUGAACUCCUACCUGAAAGAGAGCGGCAUCGACGGCGCCAUCAUCGUCACGACCCCGAACGAGGUGUCACUGCUGGACGUGCGCAAGGAGAUCGACUUUUGCCAGAAGGCGGGCAUCAAGAUACUGGGCCUGGUCGACAACAUGGCAGGCUUCGUCUGCCCCAAAUGCACAAAGGAGAGUCAGGUGUUCGAGGCGACGUCGGGCGGCGGCAAGGCACUUUCAGAAGAGAUCGGCAUUACAUAUCUCGGCGCCGUGCCCCUGGACCCUCGCAUUGGCAUGGCUGGUGACUACGGAGAGAGCUACUUCGACUCUUUUCCCGACAGCCCGGCCUGCAAGGCGAUCAAGAAGGUGGUGAGAGGGGUGGCCUCCCAGAUAGCACUAGACUCCGAGAGCCUCUUCCCUUGA